AUGUUGCGCGAGAUUAAGAGGUUUUACAAUUGGCUCGCGUCGGCAGUCGUCAGUAGCACUGUGGCUCUUGUCGCGUCCAGACCAAAUCGUAAAUGCGAGCGCAAUUUUGGACGACCCAAGAGGUUCACUGACGACGACGAUCACGAUGAGGAUAGCGACGCAGAUGAUGAUGUCAUUCCUAUGGUUAAAACCGGAAAGGAUUGCGACCCUUACCCAACAGCAUCCGGUUGUGACGCAGUGGCAUGGGAACUCCGGCGAGCACGGGAAGAACAUGCACGACACCAGCGGCAUGAUUAUUCGCACGUUUUCCGGAAAAAGUCCCUGUUGGAUUUAAUACGACUGUCGUUCGUUAGUAUGGGCAUAGAAAUAAUGUACUCCGCUGAGACGGCGUUCGUAACACCGAUCCUGCUCGGCAUCGGGAUCGAGCACCAGCUGAUGACGGUCGUGUGGGGAAUCUCACCGCUGAUCGGCUUCAUCGUUUCUCCAUUCUUGGGCACCUUCAGUGACCGGUGCCGGUCGAGGUUUGGUCGACGCCGCCCAGUCCUGAUGAUGCUGGGCAUAGGACUCGUGCUAGGAUGUCUUUUGCUCCCAUUUGGAGAAACCAUCGGCCAUUGGUUGGGUGACAUCGGAGAAGCAGAAGUUCCCGUCUUUAGCAACUCUGUUGUGAUCAACUCUGCCUCAGAGAUUGAAAGCACCCCGCCUAGUACCACGCCUAGCAUCCAUUACCGAUGGACCAUAGUGUUCACUAUCCUUGGCACUAUUUUACUAGACUUUUGUGCCGACUCUACGCAACCACCGGCCAUGGCGUACCUGCUGGAUGUUAGUUUACCAGAGGAUCACGAGCGGGCUUGCAGCAUGUUUUCGUUACUGUCCGGAGUCGGAGGAUGUAUAGGAUACCUCAUCGGAGCGAUCGACUGGGAUGGAACGAUGUUGGGCCAGCUGCUUGGUGGCAACAUCAACACCGUGUUUAUUCUGGUGAUGAUGAUCUUCGUGUUAAGUGUCACCGUUACGGUGUGCAGCUUUCGAGAAAUUCCACUGGCUCUCAUGGAGCGCGACGAGUUGCUGCAGCCCCUCACCGAGCGCAUCAUUGCCAAGGAGCGGCAGCACAUCACCAGCGAAGAAAAACUCUUCGCGCCAAGGAAAGACCUCGCCGAUUCGCUAUUACCUCUACUAGACAACGAGCACGAACUGAACGAUAACCACGUCACCCUUACCGGGUACACGGAAAAGGAGUCACUCAUGGGUAAUGAAAGAACCUCACGUACGGCAAAGAACUUCUUCAAUAUCGCCUCCCGGAUACCGCCCGCGCUGGGGGUGUUGUGCGCGACGAAUCUCUUCUGCUGGAUGAGCCACAUCAGCUAUAGCAUUUACUUUACGGACUUUGUUGGUGAGAAGGUGUUCGGCGGUGACCCGAUGGCAAACUCCGACUCCAACGAGUACGCCCUAUACCUUCAAGGCGUCCGCUACGGGUGUUUUGGGUUGGCCAUCUGUGCCAUAGCCUCUUCCACGUACUCGUGUGUGAUAGAGAGGUUGAUUCGGCGGUUCAGAGCACGGACCGUCUAUUGCGGUGGGCUGCUGAUCGAUUCCCUCGGCAUGCUGAUCAUGGCCCUGUUCCCCAACAAAGUAACCGUGUACGUGUUCAGCGCUACCGGCGGCAUCGUCAGUUCCUUUCUGUACACGAUGCCAUACAUCAUCCUGGCAAAGUACCACGCGAAAGGAUGGCUGGACGCAAGUGGCGAUACCAACUCAACUCAACCGCGCCGUGGGCUCGCCGCCGACAUCUCGCUCAUCGGCAGCAUGCUGUUCGUGGCGCAGAUCAUCCUUUCCCUCUCGAUGGGGCCACUCGUGACGCUAACCGGAACGACCGCCUCCGUCAUCUACACUGCCAGUGUUUGUAACUUCAUGGCGGCACUGUGCGCCUCCCAGAUCCAGUAUCUGGAUCUCUAG